ACGGUGUAGUGGCGUCAGCUUGUAUUGCAAGCAGAUCUCUCCCUGUGUUGAACAGCGUUUAGUCACCAGCGUUGUCUUCAUAUUGUAAAUCAGCCUUGGUGGCAAAGAUGGAUAUGAAGAAAAGAAUUCAUUUAGAGCUACGGAAUAGAACGCCCUCAGAUGUGAAAGAACUUGUUCUCGACAACUGUCGCUCACACGAAGGCAAAAUCGAGGGUCUCUCAGAUGAGUUUGAAGAGUUGGAAUUCCUUAGCACGAUCAAUGUAGGAUUAUUGUCAGUCGUGAACCUACCAAAGUUAAAUAAACUAAAGAAGCUUGAACUAAGUGAUAACAGAAUCUCGGGAGGUCUAGAAGUGUUGGCAGAAAAAUGUCCGAAUCUCACGCAUCUCAACCUCAGCGGCAACAAAAUAAAAGAUCUCAGCACAAUAGAACCUCUGAAAAAAUUGGACAGCCUGCGCAGUCUAGACCUUUUCAAUUGUGAAGUAACAAAUCUAAAUGACUACAGAGAAAACGUCUUCAAGUUUCUUCCGCAACUGACUUACUUAGAUGGAUACGAUCGUGAGGAUAAGGAGGCUCCUGACUCAGACACUGAGGCGUAUUUGGAGGGGAUAGAUGACGAUGAUGAGGAGGACGAUGACGUUGACGAGGAAGAGUAUGAUGAGGCAGCUCAGUGUGAAGAGGACGAAGAUGAAGAAGGGGAGGAGGAGGAAGAGGAGGAUGAGGAUGAAGAGGAUGAAGGGGAAGAAGAGGAGGAAGUUGUCAGCGUAGAGGAAGAGGAUGAAGACGAAGAGGACUUCAAUGAUGGUGAAUUAGAUGAAGAGGAGGAAGAAGAUGAACAGUCAAGUGUGAGUCAAAGGUCAGAAGAGGAAACGAGAUCCUGAAGAUGAAGGCGAGGAAGAUGACUAAAUUUCCAGUGUUAACCUCUUGUGACUGACUGUUUUUAACCCGUUUUCUCCCAUUUCCAGACCCCACCCCAAUGUUGCUGUGGGAAUGAUGAGUGAGGGAGAAAAGCUCCCGUUCCUCCUGCUCUGAACUGUCCUGAUCUGGUUCUCCUCCAUUGGGUGUUGUGAAUUUGGACGUACUGCCCCUGUUGCGGACAUGGGCAAGGCCCUAAUCUAAAUAACGUUGACUUUUAUUUUAUUAUGGUUGGUUCAAGCAGCUGUUUAAAACCUUAUCUCAAAUCACAUCCACAGCAACAUAUACCAAGUGGCAUAUUCUAAAAUGGAAAAAAAAAAGAGAAGGUAUGUUUGUAUUGUGCAGAAAAUGGUUGCCAGUUUUGGAAAGUGAUGCUGACUUUUUUUUUAAAUAGCCCCAUUUUCCUUUACCCCCUUCUUCCCCCCCACCCACUCCCCACGCUCUUGUAGGUGUGAUAGAUGUUUUCUGUAAAUAGUGACCAAAGCUCACUUGCUCAUGCCCUGGACUUCCCAGUCUGCAGCUGGUCUUCUGAAAAAGGCACCCAUUUAACUUGUAGUCCUAAUUGAUUGGUUGGUAGUGUAACAAACCAUUGUAAUAAAAAAUACUACAUUUGAACCCCAAUUUCCCAGCACCGUGUGCUACUUUUUGGUCUGUAAUAUAUAAUCUGAAUACCAUAGAGGAGAAGAAACUCAGCAAUUUAUUUCCUCCUUGUGCUGUACACUUUAAUGAAUUUUUUUACAAGCAUCCUUAUGCAGAAGAAGAAUAAUUAUAGCAUGUAGUGUUGAAUGGGCAUGUUUUCAUACAUUCGAGGGCAUAAUAUUAAUGCAGAAUUGUAUUUUCUUAUCUUGGUGAAGUCAGUAAAGUUGACUAGGGGUGGGAAAAGAAAUGCCUAGUGAAUGUACAGACUUUUACUUUCAUAUCUGGGGUGACUAUAUUCCUAGUCAAUAUUUCAUCUGUACAAAAAAUUGCCGCAGUUUUUUUUCUCUCAGCAAAGCCAAACUUUUAGUUUUGUGUCUGUUUUUUGUCAUUCAACAGUUUCAAUAAAUCCUUUUUUUAUAUACAA